AUGAGAAGUGAUGAACAAGUUCUUGCACACUUCGGCAAAAAACAACAGCUAAAGCGUGUCUUCGGUCUCAUCUCUUGCCUCGGGUUGGGUUGUACUUUGAUGCUCACUUGGGAGGGGUCUUUUGUGUUUGUUCAGUCAUUCUUACUCAACGGUGGUCCAACGGGGGCUUUUGCAGCCUUUCCUAUCGUUACCUUGGGUGUUUUAUCACAGGUUCUUGUCAUGGCGGAAAUGGCAUCAAUGAUACCUUUGUCUGGGGGUGAAUACAAUUGGGUCGCUAUCCUUGCGCCAAAGAACCUGUCCAACUUCUUAUCAUACAUGACCGGUUGGGUUCUUGUAAUAGCAUGGCAAGGGGCAUGUGCAUCUGUAGCAUGGAUUAACUCUACCAUCGUUUUGGGCUUGGUACAGAUCAACUAUCCCGAUUACGAAACGAAAGCCUGGCAUGGCAUACUAAUCUUCUACGCCGUGGUUGCACUCGCCCUGUUGAUCAACACGUACCUUGGGCGAGUAUUUCUGUGGCUUGAGGCAGUUGCAUUCAUCGUUCACGUUGUGGGAUUUUUCGCAAUCAUGAUCGUAUUGAUGUACUUAGCACCGAAAUCCUCGCCGACGUUGGUAUUUGACAACUUCAUGAACUUGGGAGGCCUUACAAAUAUUCAAUCUGCUUUAGUCGGAUCCGUUACUAUCAUGUACAUGUUCAAUGGUGUGGAUGGAGCAACACACAUGGCCGAAGAAAUCGAGAACGCUGCUGUCGUCAUCCCCCAAGCGUUGAUCAUAACAGUGCUUAUCAACGGAGCAAUAGGAUGGGCAGCUUUGUUUGUCGUAUUCUUCUGUAUGGGCAGCGUUGAAGACAUUAUGGAUGUACCUGGGGGUGUCGCAUUUGUCUCUAUGUUCGCUUCCGUUACGAAAUCAGUCACUGGUGCUUCACUUUUGACUUGCAUUAUCCUGACUAUGGGUAUCUGCGGUUCUAUUGGGUUACUCGGAACCGCUUCCCGUAUGCUUUGGGCAUUUGCUCGCGAGGAUGGGGUCCCAUUGUCGACCUACAUAUCCAGAGUUCGUCACCAUACAUCUCUUCCGAUCUUUGCCAUCAGCAUUACUGCCUUUAUCUCACUCAGUCUUGCUCUUGUUAAUUUAGGAUCUGUAGUCACUUUCAACGCUCUCACUGGCCUAACCGUUGCCGGAUUUUACUCUGCUUUCAUGGUUGCUGGAGGCGUCAUGCUUUACCGCCGCUUGACAACUGCCUCUGUAGAUAUGGCAUGGGGUCCAUUCUGCAUGGGGAGGCUUGGAGUCCCAAUAACUAUUUUUGCGAUGAUAUAUAGCUUCAUCGGCUGGUUCUUUUCAUUCUGGCCACCAGUAGCAAAUCUAUCUGCAAGCACGUUCAAUUGGUCCUUGGCUGUAUAUUUCGGAGUAUUAUUUAUUGCAAUAGCUUGGUGGGGAUUGAGAGCAAGAAAGACUUACAAGGGCCCGAAGGUAGAGAUCUGA